UUUUGCUAUUCAGUCAAACACAACUAGCCGACAGAAGAAUACGCCUGCAACUCCCUACGAACCUAAUUUAAAAAAAAAAAGGCGUUUAGUAUAACAGCAGUUGCAAGUUGAUUUCAGCAUCCAAAAUUCAGCAGAGAAUGUUGGGGAAAAUAGUUUUCCUGCUGUGCGUCACAUCCACCGUCUUCGCUAUCCCUCGUCCCGAUGUUAAAAGCGUUCCAGAAGAAGCCAAGGCCGAUGUUGAUGUCUGCGCGCUACCGCCCGUCAAUCCGAGCCCGAUCGCAUGCAGCGGCGUCAUUCCCCGUUGGACUUACAACGCCAAGGUCGGAGCUUGCGAGAAAUUCAUUUACGGCGGAUGUUUCGGCACUGAGAAUCUCUUCAAAAACGAAUUCGCUUGUCUAGCCAAAUGCAACAAAGAGGGAUUGGAGAAGAAAAUCAGCGAAAGCGAUUCGACUUCUCCUUGUACGCAAAAGAAAGCCACCGGCAAUUGCCGCGCAUUUAUACCGAGUUUCUUUUUCGACACUCAAACUGGAGAGUGCACGUCGUUCACUUACACUGGUUGCGGUGGCAACGACAACAAUUUCAGCUCGGAAGAUGAAUGCGACCUGAAAUGCAACGGUUUGCAAGGACCUGUCACACCACCAUCGCCACAAGUUGAUCCACUCGUCGAUGCACCUGCUUCCGAUGCAGUUGCUACUCAAACUCCCGAGCUGACACGGCAAGAGAAAUGCAGUUUACCUCCCGUCAACCCAAGUCCCUUCAGCUGCCUGGCUUUCAUUCCGUCGUGGACAUUUAACUCGACCGCCAACGAGUGCCAAACUUACGUGUACGGAGGUUGCGGCAAAACGGCCAACCUGUUCAAUUCUCAGGACGAAUGCAACACGGCAUGCGGCCCUGAUCCCGCUGUGAUGACGUUACCAAUAGACACAAGAGAACUGAUGAAACAAGAUAGCAAAUGCAGUUUGCCUCCGGUUCAUCCGAGCCCAUUCGCUUGCUUCGCCGCCAUUCCAUCGUGGACUUUUAAUUCGACUGUAGGAAAAUGCCAAAGUUACUUGUACGGUGGUUGCGGUAAGACAGCCAACCUGUUCACCUCAGAGAACGAUUGCAACGCAGCUUGCGGUCCAAAACCUAAAAUCCUCCAACCUCGGCAAGAUGUUUGCACUUUACCUGUCGUCCAGGGCCCAUGUUUUGCCUCUUGGAAGCGAUACGCUUUCGUCAAGGAAAAGAACAGGUGCGAAUUAUUUUAUUUCGGAGGCUGCCAGGGAAAUCAGAAUAACUUCCGAACGGCUGAUGAGUGUUACAAGACUUGCGGCGGUGACGAAGCCAGUACAACACCUGAGUGCGCAGAAGUGGGCUGUCCAGUCUCAAACAAACGAUUCAUCGAAAGAGGCUGCCGGCCAGAAUACAGAGGGAAAGCGUGUUGUCCAACAAGAUUUAUCUGUCCCGAGGAGAAAUCAGUCCAAGGAGUUUGCCGUUACCGCGAUGUCUCCUACCUCAUAGGUCAAGAGAUUUCUCAAAUCCACGACGAUGACGCAUGCAAAACAGGUUGCACCUGUGUGGCCAGUGAUAAGCAUCAAGGAGGUGCCACAAUCAAAUGCAACAGGAUUUUUUGUGACGUACCUUUCCCACCCCAAGAAGAAGGUUGCGUCCUCGUUACGCCACCAGGUGCUUGUUGCCCAUCUUAUAAAUGCCCUGAGAAGCGGCCAGAUGGACAAGUUCAGCAGGAUGACACUUGCCUCUUCAAUGGCAAAGAAUACCUCAAGGGCCAAUCUAUUCCUUCCGGGCAUCCGUGCAAAUGGUGCACCUGUGUCGACGGAUUCACUGGUUUGGAUGGUCCGGGAUGUCGGGAUGCCCACUGCAUCGUCGAUAACCGCAUCGGCUGUGUUCCAGUGUACGCGUCCGGAGCGUGUUGCCCAAUCAGCUACAAAUGCCUCAGCGCAGCAGAACUGAGCCAAAACAAGACGAGGAUUAUCCAAAUUCAAGCCGAGGCUGCUGGUAAGCAGGGCGUGAGUACGUUACCGAUGGAUCUCGGCAGAGCGAGAGAUGCUGAAUCGAAAGGGAAAGCCGAAGACUGUCUUCUGCCCAAAAUGAUCGGACCGUGUAAAAUGUCUAGACCGUCCUUUUAUUACGACACAGAAAAAGGCGAUUGCCUUCCAUUCAUUUACGGAGGAUGCAGAGGAAAUGGUAAUCGUUUCGAAACGCGUGAAACUUGUUUGGAGACUUGCAGCGCAUCGGCGUCUGGAACGAGAAUCAUUCGAAUCGAAUCCCAAACUGGGCAUCAAGGUGUGACCACUUUGCCCAUCAAUCUUGGUGGCAUAAAAGGUGUUUCCACGCUGCCCAUCGCUUUAUCACGAAGCAGAGCUGUUGCAUCAACAAGGCCCGAUGUUUGUCUCCAGCCGAAGAAAACGGGACCGUGUCGUGGACUGGAAACCAAUUACUUUUUCGAUGUGACAAAGGAGAAAUGCGUUGCGUUUAACUACGGUGGUUGCGAGGGCAACGACAAUCGUUUCGAAACGUUGGAAAAAUGUCGUGAAAUCUGUGGCGAAGUUGCAGCUGCCGUAACUAAAAAUAGCGAACCCGUUCCUGAAGAUAAAUUUGCCCGCUGCAAAUUGCCUGCUGACGUCGGCAUGUGCAGAGGUUUUGCGCAAAAGUUCUUCUACGACAGCGCCGACAAGGAAUGCAAACCGUUUACGUUCGGCGGUUGUCUUGGCAACGCCAACAAUUUCGACAGUCAACAGGAAUGUCUAGCAGCUUGUGCCCCACCUGUUUUCGAAGGCAAAGCUAGAGCUCGUGCCCGUGCCCGAGCUCGUGCUAGGAUUGACAUCAACGAGGAAGAAGUCGAACCCGUUGCCACAAAUGUCGUUGAGAUUUCGUCGGAGCCUGUUUGCAAAUUGGGCAAUCUUACCGUGAAAAUUGGUGAACGUUUGUCGGAUUCGGAAACUCCUUGCGACGAAUGCAUUUGCUCUACUCCACCGGAACUGACGUGCGUUACGCAAUCAUGUCCAGUUCCACCUACGAACCCGUCAGUCGUGUGCUGGCCACAGUUUGUUCCCGGCCAAUGCUGUCCAAAUUAUAGCUGCGUGUCGGCCAAUCCACCGUCCAUCAACGUUUGCGACGAUGUCAAGUGCCAGGAUGACGAACAUUGUGAAGUUCAGAGCCAAGAAAGUUUAGAUGGAAGUUGGAUGCCACCCAUUGGCGUCUGUUUGAAAAACGCCAUGUUGGCAGAUUCUGCCGUUGCUACUUUAGAUUCACCUGAUGUCAAGUGCAGCAGAGAAUCAUGUGCACCACCACCCAUGAUCGGGUCAGCCAUUUGCAAACCGGUGACGGUUGCUGGCGAAUGUUGUCCGUCUUACACUUGCGUAUCAGCUAAUCCGCCAUCAAUCAACGUUUGCGAGGACGUCAUGUGCGAACCGGAAGAAGAACAUUGUGAAGUUCAGGCUCAAGAGAGUGAAGACGGAAGUUGGUUGCCACCGAUCGGCGUUUGCAUCAGAGAUUCCACUUCCAUUCCGCUCUAGAAAAGUGGAUCUUGACAGAGCCAAUGGCUGUUAUUGAGCUCCAGCUUGGGAACCAGGAUGCCAUUUAAUGAUCUGAAUCAUUUGAAAAUGUUAUGUUUGUUGUUAAAGUUGUUGUCAUCCUAUAUUGUUUUAGAAAUCUGAACAAUAAAAUAACCGUUAUUUCAUUUUA